AUGACAUCGAGUCUGACUUAUUUUAUUAUACUUAGUUUCGUGGCUGUAUUAGAUAGCACACGAUUCCGUUGUGACUACAGAUUCUUUUCGGAAGCAGAGGGUUAUCUGAAGUUGCAUCGCGUGCCUGCAAAUUGGUUCGAAGCACGACUGAGAUGUCAUCUCGAAGGAGGUAAGCUGGCUUCACCAUCGACAAAAGGCCUCAUAAAUGCAAUGAAACUCCUGAUCGACGCAGGAACUGGCGACAUGAGCUGCGGAGUCUUCACCGGGAUACAUGCUACUUUUUCAAGAGGAGACUUCCAUACGAUAGAAGGAGUUCCUCUUUUGAAGAUUCCCCACACUUGGGCUGUGGGUGAGCCGGACAAUUUCAAGGACGAAGAGAGCUGCAUAGCUAUGCUUCAGGAUGGCAACGUGGCUGACGUGAACUGCAACGAGCCUCUUCCCUAUAUCUGUUACAAAAAAAAUAGUAACAUGAUGCUUAUGUCUAACUGUGGCACUACGGACAGUG